UGGAGAAUAGUUCAGUAUCAACUAGCCACUUGUGACCCUGUGCCUGAACAGACCAGUCUCGCAUUGCCAAACUGCCCUGAGCCUGACAGCUGACAACUGUCUCGAGAAAGAUUAAAUGGCGUGCAGGGUGGGGUGGGGGGUGAAGAAGAGGAAUACGCACUGAGUGGCCGGUAAAAGAAGACCUAAAAAGUUCUGCUGAGACUUUUUAAAGAGAAGAUAAAUGAGGAAAAUGUCUUAGGAGGAGUCGUUUCAACACAACUGAGAGGCCUCGCGACAGGUCGCUAGGACGGCUCCAGCGUACCGUCGCACGGAAUACCGACCCUUACGGUCGGAAGCGAUUGGCUUCGACCGCGGGGAAUCAACCGAGGAUGCAGACAUCUGAGCGCUGCUGACUAACGAAGGUGCGAUUACUGCUGCAGCAUCCGACAAGGACUUGUGCGCGCGCGCGUGUUUGUGUGUGUGUGUGUGCGUGCGCGCGCGCGUUGGGGGUGGGGGGCGCUCACGCGUGCUCGAGUGCGUAUUUUUGUGUGUCACUAUGAGUCUUGUCUCGGGCUUCCCUCACCACCCGGUCAUGCACCAUCACGACAGCCACCACUAUUCGCUGCAUGCAGCGGCGGCCGGUCGGUGUCACGAAGACGCCGGGGCUCCACCAUACUUCACAAGCUGGUUGAUAAGUCACGCGGAUAUGUCACCUACAGAGUACAGCCUUGCGCCCGGCUACAGCCCGGAGUACCAUGGCAACAGCGGCAGUGGGUCAACCGUCGGACUGGACCCACACCAUCACCACUACUAUGGCCCUGGAGGGUUAGUUCCUGGACCCGGCACCAUCUCGAUGAACGGAACCGCGGUCGGUAUGCACCAUCAUCACCACACUCAUCCUCGGACCGUGAAGCGAAGACCAACGGCCAAUCGCAAGGAAAGGCGGCGGACCCAGAGCAUUAACUCAGCUUUCGCGGAGCUGAGGGAAUGUAUCCCUAACGUCCCGGCCGACACCAAGCUGUCCAAGAUCAAGACGCUGCGCUUGGCCACCAGCUACAUCUCUUACUUAAUGGACAUCCUAGACAAGGACGAACAACACGGAGACACUCAGGCUUUCAAGGCCGAGCUAAAAAAGACGGAGGCUCGGGAAGAACGGCGGAAAAGAGAGGCGGUGGAGAUCUCGAAGACUUCGUCCUCCAACUCCUCGUCGUCCUCCUCGUCAGCGGGCGAUAAGAAAAGUAAGGGCCGGACGGGAUGGCCUCAGCAUGUCUGGGCUCUGGAACUGAAACAGUAGUCCGUCUCUGCCUCAAUGUCUCCUGUCGCAGGUUGACAGCACUCCUUCCUUUCUCGAGCGAAUAGGAGAGAGCGUUCAGGCGAACUGAAGCGGGAGUCGUCUGGCUUCCUAAGCUUGUCGAGGCUUCCCACGCAAACAGUAGCUACACAGAGACGCUGCGUGAGGCUCUGUUCAGGUGUGACGCGAAGGCAAUGACAGUUUGCUGUAAUUUAGGAUUAACACACACACACACACACACACACACACACACACACACACACACACCAUCAAUCAGCAAAAUCCCACUUUAUAUUCUAACUUAAGGUCCACAAACGCAGACUGCUUUGUCAGUGGUCAUGUUUGAUAUCCGGUCAUCUGUUGGACUCGGUGUGGUGGAGCGAGCGCGUGGUGCAUCUGCGCAGACCGCUGAGUUAUGUUCUACCGGAUCAUACCAGGACGCGUGCGACUCCCACACACAGACUUACACACAAUUACAGAUUCACACACAGGGUCUUGAGGUGUUUGCUUUAUUUAAGGAAAAAUAUUUAUGUGCAAUGUGACCUCUGGAAGGAUACAAACAGCCUGUGUCUGAUAUUACAGAGUCUCUGUGGUUACAGGACAAGGUGUAUGUGAAGAUCUCUUCUGUUUCUCCGUCUUUCUCUUACAGUUUAUUGUUGUAAAUGUAACGUCGUCACGGCAGAUGACGACGCGUCCACGUCGUGGUGUCAAAUGUCUCGGGAGCUAAGUAAUGCUUUAUGUGUCAUGAAAACUGUCACGAUUUGAAUAAACCACCACCUGGUAACUGG